UGGAACAACGUCACAGAUAAAAAUUUUACACCGCUGUUAGUUCGAAUAGGAAACGUCUAGAUUGUUCUGGAUGGUUACAUAAACAGGGCCACAGCUGAGCUUACUCAGACGUUGGCAGCCCGUAUUGACAACUAUUGUUUCCAAAUCUGGAGAAAAUGUCAUUGUCAAAGGAUCAAUUGUGUGCUGGAGCUCCCGUGAAAAACGAUAAAGUACAUCUCCUCAAUCUCAACAUUGCCUUACACCGCUAUUUUACAUUCACUGUGGACUUUCGAAAGAAAUUCAGAGGUGACUUCGAGACUUUGGCUGAGGCUGGUUUUUACUGUCUGCUCUUAAAUGGAGGAAUGAAGUUGCGGUGCAACUUUUGCCACCUGGUUAUCAAUGAAAGCGAAAUCCACAAUUGGACCAAAUUGGACAAGGACCAAAUCUUGAGUCAAAAAAGUUGUUUGAUACAUUCAAAUGAUUCCAAAAACUUCCCUCUGAGCGUCAACCUCCGCAACUACAAAUUCGAGUCGCACCGGCUGUACUCGCUUUUGAAGAAGGAAGAUUGGAAUGUUUCUCCUGCAGACUUGGCCGCUGACGGAUUUUAUUAUGAAGGAGAUGGUGACCUCUGCCGUUGUGCUUUUUGCUGUGUGCAAAUUUACAAAUGGGAGCAACAAGACAACGUUCAUGAUCAGCAUGUACAAUGGAACAAGGAAUGCCCCUUUUUGAUAAACCCAGAAGGCGUCCAGAACAUCCCAAUCGGCAAGGAGAUUGUGGAUAUUGCACAGGACUCUAUUGGGGAGAAAAAAACUGGCGCGGAGGCCUAUCAACCCGAUCAUGAUCAGCAAAGAUAUCAACUAGAGGGACAGGGACAACCUGCCACUGACCAAGUUAUCGACGGACAACCUGCGGCUGUUCAGCUUGUGGACGGACAAGGACAACCUGCAGAUUUUCAACCUGUGCAGGGAGAAUAUGCAGAUGACCAAGCUUCUGAGGGACCUCCAGAAAUUAUUGCUGAGCUGCAAAUUCUUGAUGAACCACAAAACAAUCAACAUGAUCACAAUGAAAAGAACUGAACUGCAUUGCCAUAUAUUUUACGUUGCUUCUUUGUUAAUAAAUUAGAUGCAAUUUGAGGGCUGUGGUUUCAAAAAAAAAAAGGUUUAAGGUUUUUUUAUAAAUGAAAUUUGUAAUAUUACUGUGUAUUUCAUACAUGCUUAUUUGAAUAAAAAUUAUAAAGAUUUAAAUAAAUUUAGCUUUGCACAU